AGAGCCAUCUAUUGAAGAAGAAGAAGAUAUAUUUCAUCUGACAUCAUUGCAGUGCUUUGGAGUAGCCCAGGUUGAACAAUGGCCAUAGACGUAUAAUAAAUAAACCGCGCGUUCAGCAGAGGGGGCGUUUUAUAUUCGAAAGAGACAAUAUGCUUUCGUUGAGCAAUCUAUCACUUUCUAACGAUGCGUGGUGGGGGUAAAGCAGUCUUCCGUGACAGGGAAAACAGAAGUAGGAGAAUAUAGAGAAAGGGGAAUUGUGAAAGGCAAAGAGAAGAAAAUACGUUUGAUAUAAAUACACGCAUAUGGAAAAAUGACGAUGUUGUAUGGAAAAAUGACGAAUAUGGACAUAUGACGAUGGAUAUAAUUACAUACCGGUGGAAAAUAAUCUGUUUGUCACUUUUAUAUGUAUUACUGCGGCAUACACAACAAUAUAGACUCAUUGUGUCACGAUUAUACUUUUUGUGUUAUAAUUAUACUAUUAUGAGUAAAUACGUUUUAUAAUCUUUAAUGUCAAUCGUCUUGUUUACAUACGCUUUGUUUCACGAAAAGAAGGAGAACCGGAGACAUAACAUUCCACUCUAAACAGGCGGAGGGGCCAAAUACUCCACCACGCAUCGUUAGAAAGAGAUAGACUGCUCUAUCAACAGAGAACAUGCUACCUCUUUCUAAUAUUGAACAUGUGCAGACAAAGGAAACAUUGCAAAUGCGCGGUCUAUAUUUUUGAUGAAAAAUCAAAUGAUGCUAGUCGUUAGAAAGUACCAUCAGCUUACUAAAGUCAUUGGUUUGCCAUCACGUAAGGCAUAUCCUGAUGUUAUGUUAUUAAACUUGGUAUUCAGUCAAGUACAAAAUAGGUCCUGUGCAGAAGUUUGUAGUUUAUGCAUAGUACAAAAUAAAUUCAAGCCUAAAGUGGAUCUCAGUGUGCAAAGAACUGCAAACUCUUUGUUAAGGACAAGUGAUGUACUAAUACAUGUUAGUACAUGUGUGAAGUUAGCAGAUUUACAACAGAAGAGGUAUCUAGGCUUAGCUGCGAAACUAGUCAAUAAUGUCUCACCCAAAGUACAACCAUAUAUGAAACUUAUGAGGAUGGACAAACCAAUAGGAAGUUGGUUACUAUUUUGGCCUUCUGGAUGGAGUAUUGCCAUGGCAGCAUCUGCUGGUGCUUUACCAGACCUCUAUACAUUAGCACUUUUUGGCACAGGAGCAUUCAUAAUGCGUGGUGCAGGAUGCACUAUAAAUGAUAUGUGGGAUCAGGACAUUGAUAAAAUGGUAGCUAGAACAAAGGAUAGACCUUUGGUGUCCGGUCAAAUAACUCUGGAGCAAUCGUUUAUAUUUCUAGCAGGACAAUUAAGUUUAGGAUUACUUGUAUUAUUACAAUUAAAUUGGUAUAGCAUAUUUCUCGGUGCCAGCUCAUUAGGUUUAGUAAUAAUUUAUCCUCUCAUGAAAAGAAUAACAUAUUGGCCGCAACUUAUUUUGGGAAUGGCAUUUAAUUGGGGUGCAUUGCUAGGAUGGUCCGCUGUGCGCGGGUCGUGCGACUGGUCCAUUUGUUUGCCAAUGUAUAUAGGUGGUAUUUGUUGGACUAUUGUCUAUGACACUAUAUAUGCUCAUCAAGAUAGAACGGAUGACAUUCUACUAGGUAUUAAAUCAACAGCCAUCAAAUUCGGGAAUGACACGAAAUUUUAUCUAUCUGGAUUCGCAGUAGCGAUGCUCGCGAGUUUUGUCACCUCAGGCAUAUUAGCUGCUCAAACUUGGCCUUAUUAUACUGCAGUUGGAGUAUUGGCAGCACAUAUUAGCAAUCAAAUAUACACUUUAAAUGUGAAUAACCCUGCAGAUUGUGCCAAAAAAUUUACAUCCAAUCACAGGGUAGGCAUGAUACUUUUCGCUGGCAUUGUGUUAGGAAAUUUGAUGAAGAAUUUCACAAAGGAAGAAGUUGAAAAGGAAAUGACAGACCAAAGUAUAAAUACAUUAAACUAACCAUGAUAAAUACACCAAAAAAGAAACAAAUAAAAAUCUAAUAAUGCAAGUGGUUAGGUUAGAGACAUAAUAUUUUUAAAUUAUAUCGUACAUAUUAUACUUUAUUGGUUUUAUGUAAUAUCAGGAAUUAAAUUGGAAUUGAUAUCGUAUUCAAUAUAAAAUAAUAAAUAAAUGCUUUAAGACUAAAGCAGGAAUAUUAAAGAAAAGAAAGAAAUUAUAAAUGUACGAGAAUGUAUAAAUCUUUAUUACACAGAAAAAGUUGUUUUGUGUUAUCAAUACAAUUUUGUAUUAUUAACACUGAGUCUUGCAACAUAAUAAAGAAAAAAAAAGGUUA